AUGUUGCCAGUGGCCAGCGAGAGGAAGGUUUUCCAUGAGAACUUUUUAGAUCACUUCAAGAAAAAUAAAGUGAGGAUAGCAAUGGCAGUAACAAAGCUAUUUCCUUUCCCUGAGGUCCUCAGAGACCACUCCUUCAUUACUGAGAAGCUCUAUAAUGAAACAUGUGACGGGUCACUUCCAGAAGCCCUGUUCGGUAGGGUUCACCUGAAGGAGUACCCUGAUUUAACUCAGAUUUAUAGAAGCUUCGAAAAUGGCAAAUAG